AUGGAUAACAUAUAUACAGUACCAGAGAGUGUACCAGGAAGUAGCUGGAUAAAUACAGAUGGUAUUGAGAAUGAUAUUGGUUGGAAUCCUUUUUCUCAAGACUUAGCAUAUGGUGAAAGAGGCCCAGAACCAAUAUGGGGUACACUUGAAGGCUGUUAUCAAACAGAUGAUUUACCUCUCGUGCAUGAUAUUAACCCUCAGGAAGAAGAUGAAUAUUGUGGUUGUGACAACGACAGUGAUAGAGAUUAUAAUUGUGCGGAAAUGUGUGAUGAUGUUGUUGAUGAUGCAAGGGUUGAUACGUUAGUGACAACACCUGAACGUGUAGUUGUUUGCAAUCCAUUUUUUGGUGAUCCAGAACCGUAUAGAGAUAUUGAAAAUGAAGGAAUUACGGUCCAUACUGUUGCACCAUCAGGCGGCAAAUUCAAAGUGACAGACCAGCCAAAGGAAAUUAUAACAGAUAUGACAGAUAGGUUUCAAAUUGAUAUAUCUUAUGCACAAGCUUGGCGUGUAAAGAAUUGGGCAUUGAACGAAAUUAAAGGUUCACCGGAAGAGUCAUUUAGAUUAUUACCAAUAUUUUGUUAUAAUCUUCAACAACGAAACCCUGGUACUAUUACAGAAAUUGAAACUGACUCAGACAAUCGAUUUCAAUUUGUUUUCAUAUCUUUAGGUUGCUCUAUCAGAGCAUUCCGUCAGUAUUUUUAUCCAGUUAUUUGUAUUGAUGGAGUAUUUUUGAAAGGUCAAUAUUGGGGUACACUUUUUAUUGCUGUGGGCAAGGACGAAAAUAAUCAAAUUUAUCCAAUUACGUUCGGAGUUGGCGGAAGGGAGGAAACAAUGACUUGGACCUUGUUUCUCCGAGCGUUACACAGAUGUAUCAACGAUCUCACUAAUCUAGCAAUCAUCUCAGACAAACACCAUGUUAUCACUCGUUCUGUGAGACAGAGAGCGACGAAGGCUUAUCGAACAGAGGAUUUUGAGGAGGCUUUGCAUAUGAUUAAAGUUGAAAACCCCACUGCAGCUGCUUAUUUGGAAGGGAUUGACUACACACGGUGGGCUCGUGCUCACUUUCCUGGCAUUCGAUAUAACAUUAUGACCACAAAUAUUGCUGAAUCGUUUAAUGCUUUGGCACGACAUGCACAUACUUGCACUCAUCCUCUGACUCCAUGGGCUGAAAAAAAGUUAGCCAAUCAUAUUCACAAAUCAGCUAAUAUGAUUGUCAAACCAAUAACUGUUGAUAGAUACGAGGUGUAUAACAGUGGUAGAUCUGUCGCUAUAGUGAAUCUUGCAACAAAAGAAUGCAGCUAUAAAAAAUUUCAGCUUUCACAAAUAGCAUGCGCACAUGUUGCGGCAAUUGCCAGAUUUCAAAACCUCUUAAAUUGUUAUCCUUGGGUAAAUAAAUAUUACUCAACUGAAUAUUGGAAAGUUGUCUAUCAGGCUGUUGAACCUUUGGGAGAUCCUUCCGAAUGGGUGCAACCUGAAGAUAUCCGUAUUGUUAAUCCACCACAAAUGCAACAACGACGUUCUGGUCGUCCUUCAGAAUAUAAUAGAAGACCGUCAAAAGGAGAAGAAAUACGUCAAAUUGAAUGUAGCAGAUGUCAUCAGAAAGGGCACACGCGUUUAGUUUGUAAAAAUCCCUUAACUCAGGCAACAACAUCUUCAUCAGGCUUAAGUUCUUAG